GCCAUGUGCCCAGCUAGCCAGCUAUCCAGCUACUUAUCCAAUCCAUCUCUUAAGCUUCAUCACCACCGAAUCAUUCUGGCGUCUUCUCUAUCGACGACGACAUACAAUCUGUGUCUUUUCACGUAAUUUGGAAUAGGAUGUCUAAUAUUUCAUCUUAUUCUUGAAACUUAGUUACCUACACGAUCAAUGUCCCGCUCGCUAGAUAAAGAUCUUUUAGAUCACCUAAAGGCUGAUGACCUAGAUAAAGUGUAUAAAGACAUCUCAACAGUUUUGACCGAUUUACCAGACAAUGAGCUGCUAGAGAUCGAGUUCCUUGGGAAAAGCCAUCCUCUACAACCAGGUGUUAACUACCUGAAAGAUGGCACCGCUGUAGCAAUACCCAAGCUGAGACUGGUUCAAGCAUUCUUCGUUGCUCGUCAGACACUGCAGGGCCCUCAAAAAGGAAGCCCCAUCGCCCGCUGCGAAUUAAUGGGUGCCACAACUGUGCUGCUUCUCAUGGAUCCUGAGCACCUGACGGCUGCCAAUACUCGGAAACGAUUGCUCAUAUCAGCGUUGAAUGAUAGUGAGCCUGAUGAGUUGGCGUUGAGACGAGAGAAGCAAUUCGUGGAUAGCCUGCUCACGUCCAGACUUUACCGCCACGCCAAGUCUCCCACUCUUUGGUCCCAUCGACGCUGGCUGCUUCGCCUAUUCGCGGCUCGCGGCGUGCGGGUAGACUUACAGCACGAUAUCAGAAACGUUGUCAUGGUGGCAGGAAUCCGACAUCCUCGCAACUACCCUGCUUGGCACCAUGCACGCUUUUUAAUGAGCCAUCGUACGAUAUCCGCUGAAAACAUAGUUGGUGAUGUUAAGGAGUUCUGCUUGAAGAAUCAUACCGACACGUCCAGCUGGAGUUUUCUCAGCUACGCCAUAGGCGGGAUUAAGUCUGAAGAGAGCCAACGGCAGAUUAGCUCUUCCAUCUUCACAGAAGUCUUACAAAUCACAGAUUCGUUGCGUUGGAAAAACGAAUCCGUAUGGAUAUUUCUGCGCGACUUGGCAACAACAGGAUUCAUCAGCGACCAACUGUUUGAAUUAUUCCUAAGCGUAAACAAAAAUCUUGCUUCCACAACGCCUAAAGGCAACGAUCAGUGGAGAACGUUAGAUAGCGCAAGUCGGUGGUGUGAGAUGUAUCGCCCUCUAGCAAAGCCUAACAUAGCGGAUACAUAGACUUUAGUCUGGAAAGGCCGCCAAAUAUAAGAUGAAAACCUCGGUGCUGACAUUGUUGGGUGCUCUUUGGUGGCUGAGGGAUCGUCCACCAAAAGAUAGACGGUCAGAAAACUGAAACGAGCUACCCGGAUAUUUUAUGUCAUGUGGCUGUCUCUUUCUUGUAAUGGACGUAAUGUUAGGUAGGAUCAUCAUCUACUUCGAUAUGAGGUUCGUUAAUUAGUUGCACAAUAACUACCCUACUACGUAGUAAGGUACCUAUUCCAAUGGCGGCUGAGAGAAUGAGGUUGCGACGAUGAAUUUCGAGCGGCUAAAACGUGGCUCGGCAGCAUACCGGCAACAAUGCUGAUAGGCCCAGAUCCUGUAACUAACGCAGGGGGCUCGGCUCUACUACGUAACCGGCGAUCACAAAAUACUUCUCCUAUUCAAUGUUCCUAUCCCCGCUACCUACCUAACCUAGGUAGGUAUACUACUAUUAAUACCCAGUAGAUAAUAUUAUUCACCUUACGUUUUAGGUAUUGAGCCACACAACAUUAGAACACUGAAAUUUGCCUAACCGUUACAUACAAGCAUACAUAGGCACGUACCUACUUGGGGAUUAUCAAGAUCAUCAAUCCUCUGGAUCCUCCUACGAGUCC